UUGUAACAAUAUAUUACAUUCACUAUUUAUACAUUUCGAUAUUAUUAAUUUCAUUUAAGAGAAUUCAUUGGUAAGAAUUCGAAAUUUAAUCCAUAUGGAACCAGCAUUAUCUGACACAGAAAAGCUAAAAAUAGCAACUGAUUUUCUUUUACAAUCUCCACCUGGCGAAUUUAAUGAAGUCUUUAACGAUGUUAGACUACUUUUAGAUAAUGACAAUAUAUUAAAAGAAGGUGUUAUGAAGGUCAUAGCAAAAUAUAACAUGGAGCAUUUUGUUCCAUGUAAAAUAGAUGAAAAGAAUACUUGUUUAAUAACUCCAUACUCAGAUCAGGGCAAUGGAAAAUAUAUUGAUCCAAAAUCAAAAAAAAUAUUUUCAUUUGAUCAUCUUAAGAGGCAAGCUAGUAGUUUUUCAGAAUCAAAAGUUUGUCCCGAUCAAGGAGAUGAAAAGUGGAGAAUUGCAUUUGAAAAGGAUUAUGAAGUCUACACCAAAGAUUUUUAUCCUAAUGCCUCAACCUCAGUUUAUAGCUUACAACACAAUAGUCCAGGAAUGGAUGGAAAUGUUAGAGUUCUAGUAUGUUGUCUGGAAGAUCAUAACUUCAAUCCCAAAAAUUACUGGAAUGGAAGAUGGAGAUCAUGCUGGGUAGCUAAUUUUCACAAAGAUGGGAAGAGUGGGGAAUUGAAAGGAGUUUUUAAAAUUAUAGUACAUUAUUAUGAAGAUGGCAAUGUUCAGUUAUUAGCUAAGAAAGAAGUCAAAAAACCAUUCAAUAUUACAGAUCCAGAAGGAACCGCCAAGGAUAUCUUCAAAAUCAUAUCACAAGAAGAACAUUUUUAUCAAACAUCUCUCAGCGACUGUUACCAAAAUAUGUCCGAGACGACUUUUAAGGCUCUGAGAAGGCAAUUACCCAUCACUCGUACCAAGAUAGAUUGGGAAAAAAUAACGGCCUACAAAUUGGCGUCCGAAAUGAAAGGAGGAAUUCGUUGAUGCACACAUUUAAUACGUUCCUUUUUUCUAUUAUCAUAUUUUUUAUUUAUUAUGCAUAACUUCUAAGAAAAUAAUGAUUUAUAAUCGAUCCGCAUAAUUUUUGCACGAUCAUUGGCUAUUUCGAAUUUUUUUUAUAGCAGAUUUUGUAUUCCAAUAAAACACGACUCAUUUUCUUACUGUACGAAUAGGUAAGUUAUUGUGCCAUACCAAUGAUUACAUAUUUCAUUAUGCAUACACUUAACUUUCUAGAAUAUUAUAAAAAAUCCAUUCAAUUCAUCUUUGCAGAAUUAAAAUAGGUUGUUAUUUAUUGAUUAUCUUCCUUUUUCUAAAAUUUGUUGUGAUAUUAGU